CGCUUUUUGGAGGCCAUGAAGCGGCAGAACGUGCGAACUCUAUCCUUGAUCAUCUGCACGUUCACUUACCUGCUGGUGGGAGCCGCUGUCUUCGAUGCCCUCGAGUCCGAGUUUGAAAUGGAGCAGGGUGGAAAGCUGAAAGAACAGCAGAUCGGGCUCAAGGGCAAGUAUAACAUUAGCGAUGAAGAUUACAAGCAACUGGAAGUGAUCAUCAUGCAAGCGGAGCCCCACAGAGCAGGAGUUCAAUGGAAAUUCGCCGGUUCCUUUUAUUUUGCUAUUACAGUGAUCACAACUAUAGGAUAUGGCCAUGCUGCUCCAGACACUGAUGCAGGUAAAGCUUUUUGCAUGUUUUAUGCUGUGCUGGGAAUACCACUGACCCUAGUUAUGUUCCAGAGUCUGGGAGAACGGAUGAACACAUUUGUCAAAUACCUUUUGAAAAGAAUAAAGAAAUGCCUCGGCAUGAAAAGCACAGACGUGUCUAUGGAGAACAUGGUGACCGUGGGAUUCUUCUCUUGCAUGGGCACCCUGUGCAUUGGAGCAGCUGCCUUUGCACAUUAUGAAGACUGGAACUUUUUUCAUGCAUAUUACUACUGCUUCAUUACAUUGACUACAAUAGGGUUUGGAGAUUUUGUUGCCCUCCAAAAAGAUAAGGCUCUGCAGAAAAGACCACUGUAUGUAGCCUUUAGCUUUAUGUAUAUUUUAGUGGGUUUGACGGUUAUUGGAGCUUUCCUCAACCUGGUGGUUCUCAGGUUUUUGACCAUGAACAGUGAAGAUGAGCGACGGGAUGCCGAAGAGAGAGCUUCUUUGGCAGGGAAUAGGAACAGCAUGAUUAUUCACAUCCAGGAGGAUCCCCAACAAGGCCGUCAGCGGUACAAAACCGAAGUGACAGAUUUGCAGUCUGUUUGUUCCUGCAUGUGCUACAGGUCUCACGAAUACACCAAUCAGGUGGUAUCGCACCAGAAUUCGUUCAGCUCUCAACUUAAUCCCCAGUACUUUCACUCUGUAUCUUACAAGAUAGAAGAGAUUUCACCAAGCACAUUGAAGAACAGUCUGUUCCCAUCCCCCGUGAGCUCUGUGUCACCGGGUUUACACAGCUUCAACGAGAACCACAGGCUCAUGAGAAGGAGAAAGUCUAUUUGA